UGGAAGACAGUUUCGUACAACCGAUCGUGUCGCGCGUACACGCAUCGUAGCGUCAGUCUCGUAUUUCUUGUGGGUGGAAUCGGAAACUGGUUCUACGGAGCACGGAAGACUCAGGUCCGGAGGAAUCAGGAUGCGCCGUCCAUCGUCGCUGGUGAUCGCCCGGUGGGCAUCUCUGAUCCUGCUGUUUGCGAUGGCUCGCACGGCACUGGCGAAGCAGCCGCAUAUUAUUUACAUCUUGGCGGACGAUUUGGGAUGGAACGACGUUGGCUUCCACGGCUCCGGUCAAAUUCCGACGCCAAAUAUCGACGCUCUUGCAUACUCCGGCCUGUUGCUCGACAGGUAUUAUGUCAAUUCGCUGUGCACACCGUCCAGGAGCGCUCUGAUGACCGGCAAAUAUCCUAUUCACACUGGAAUGCAGCACAACGUUCUCAAAGGUGCCGAGCCUAGAGGACUGCCACUCGACGAGAAGCUCCUGCCGGAGUAUUUGCGCGAUCUUGGAUACAGCACGCACAUUGUCGGCAAAUGGCACUUGGGAUUUUACAAGAAGGAGUACACGCCGAUCUACCGAGGAUUCGCCUCUCACGUUGGCUUUUGGACAGGUCAUCAGGACUAUUUCGAUCACACGGCUGUUGAAGAACCUUUCUGGGGCCUGGAUAUGAGACGAAACAUGGAGCCGGCAUGGGAUCUUCACGGGCAAUACUCCACGGACGUUUUCACAGAGCAGUCGUUGAAAGUGAUCGAAAAGCACAAUUCUAGCAAGCCUUUGUUCCUGUAUCUGGCCCACACAGCUGUGCACUCCGGAAACCCCUACAACCCGCUUCCGGCACCGGACGAGGACGUUGCCAAGUUCGAUAAUAUCAUCGACUACAAUCGCAGACGUUUCGCAGGUAUGAUGAGUAAGCUGGACAAAUCGGUGGGUCAGGUGGUCGGAGGUCUGCGUAAAAAAAAUAUGUUGCAAGACAGCAUAAUCAUUUUCACGACGGACAACGGCGGACCUGCCGCUGGAUUUAACUUGAACGCGGCGUCUAACUGGCCUUUAAGAGGCGUCAAAAAUACUCUCUGGGAAGGUGGCGUCAGAGGUGUGGGUUUGAUAUGGUCACCUAAAUUGACCCGAACCGGCCGAAUAAGCAGGCAACUGUCACACAUCGUCGAUUGGCUGCCGACGCUUAUAACAGCCGCCGGUGGCGAUCCGUCGAAUUUAAACAUCGACGGCAUAGAUCUGUGGUCCGCGUUCCGCGACGACACCGAGUCGCCGCGCACCAGCGUUCUUCACAAUAUCGACGAUAUUUACGGCGUGUCUGCUAUUACGGUCGGUAAUUGGAAACUCAUUCAAGGAUCUACCUACAACGGGGUAUGGGACGGCUGGUACGGCCCAUCCGGCAGAGAAUGGGUCUACGACGUGGGUGGCGUGAUCGGCAGCGAAGCGGGAUGCGCCAUCAGCAGCGUAGGACUAGGCAUUACCGCAGAAAGGGCGAGGACGCUGCGGGAGAGCGCGUUGAUUAAAUGCCCGUCGAGGAAUGACAGCUUGCCAAUGUGCAGGCCGGUUCAUGGGCCGUGUCUCUUCAAUGUCUACCAGGAUCCUUGCGAGAAUAACAAUCUCGUGGAGCAGUUCCCGACGAUCAUGCGGAAGCUGCAGGAUGAGCUGAAGAGGUUCAACAGCACUGCGAUUUAUCCCAACAACCUCCCGUGGGAUAACAGAGCCGAUCCGAGUCUAUGGGAUCACACUUGGAAUAAUUUCGGUGAUUACGUCAACUUUUUAACCGCUGUAAGUUGAUCGAUCACAGCAACAGACGUUUCACGUUCAUCUGUCUGCCGAAUGACGGGUAAUACGUGUAAGAGUUAUACUUGAAACCGUUGCCUAUCGUUGGUCUGUGUUCCCCACUCGGGGAAUAUUGACUUUCGAGACUUUACGAAGAUACUUGCGAGACCUACAAGAUCGUAAAGGCACGUAAUCUUUUCUACCUUUAUAUGCGCAUCGGUGAUAAGUAUAAUAUAUAUAUAUAUAUAUAUAUAUUAAUAAUAUAUUAUAACGAUAUCUGAUGGACGGCGUAAAACUGAGAACAUUAUUUUAUUUAUAACACUCACACGAGUAAUGUUUAACGUAGCCACGCUCGUUAGCCGAUUCGUUAAUGCCGUCGCGUAUCAGCGAUUCCAAUGUAGUUGGAGGAAGAAUACGCUUAGGACUUUAUUGUACAUGAAUAAAUCGAAGUACAAAAUAUUACAGACGAGAGACGUAUGUAAUCAUCGUCAUCUUUAUUAAAUAAAGUACUUGAGGGUUAUCAGAAU